UCUCUCAGAAAACCAGGAGUGCCAAAAAAGCUUGGUUUCCGGCUUUAAUGGCGUCCAUGGCGGCUCUCUUCGUCAAAACGCCAAGCCCAUCUCAUCCAUUCCCCAAAAUAUGCAAAACCCAGUUAGAUAUCGAGCCAAAGUUCUCAGUUUCUUUUACCUCCCGGAAGGAAAAGAAGAAUCGCCAACAGUUUCGCAUCUCCUGCGGUUUGAUCGAACCGGACGGGGGUAAGCUCGUUGAGCUCUUCGUUAAGGAGUCUCAGAGAAAUGAGAAGAAGAAGGAAGCACUGUCCAUCCCUAGAAUUAAGCUGUCUCGGAUCGAUCUUCAGUGGGUUCAUGUUCUCAGCGAGGGGUGGGCAAGUCCACUUCGCGGGUUCAUGAGAGAAUCCGAGUUCCUCCAAACUCUUCAUUUCAAUUUGCUCCGACUGGGCGACGGGUCCGUCGUCAACAUGUCGGUGCCGAUUGUGUUGGCCAUCGACGACGCACAGAAGCAUCGGAUCGGUGAGUCCAGCAAGGUUGCUCUCUUUGACUCGGGCAAUAACCCGGUUGCAAUCUUGAGCAAUAUUGAGAUAUACAAGCACCCCAAAGAAGAGCGGAUAGCCAGAACUUGGGGAACCACUGCCCCUGGAUUACCAUAUGUUGAUGAAGCAAUAACCAAUGCUGGAAACUGGCUUCUUGGUGGUGACUUGGAGGUUAUAGAACCAAUCAAGUACAAUGAUGGUCUUGAUCGGUUCCGUCUAUCUCCUGCAGAACUCCGUGAGGAAUUUAUGAAGCGUGAUGCUGAUGCAGUGUUUGCAUUCCAGCUCAGGAAUCCUGUACACAAUGGCCAUGCUCUACUAAUGACUGACACCCGCCGGCGGCUUCUGGAAAUGGGAUACAGGAACCCUGUUCUGUUGCUUCACCCAUUGGGAGGCUACACGAAAGCAGAUGAUGUACCUCUCAGCUGGAGAAUGAAGCAGCAUGAGAAGGUACUGGAAGAUGGUGUUCUAGAUCCCGAAACAACAGUGGUUUCAAUUUUCCCAUCACCCAUGCAUUAUGCUGGCCCAACUGAAGUUCAGUGGCAUGCAAAGGCCCGUAUAAAUGCAGGAGCCAAUUUUUACAUUGUGGGUCGGGAUCCAGCUGGUAUGGGCCACCCCAUUGAGAAGAGGGACCUUUAUGAUGCUGAUCAUGGAAAGAAGGUACUGAGUACGGCUCCUGGACUUGAGCGGCUGAAUAUCCUCCCAUUCAAGGUAGCUGCCUAUGACAAGACUCAGAGGAAAAUGGCUUUCUUUGAUCCAUCAAGGCCACAAGAUUUUCUUUUCAUAUCUGGCACCAAGAUGCGAACACUUGCAAAAAACAGAGAAAACCCACCAGAUGGUUUCAUGUGCCCGGGUGGAUGGAAAGUCUUGGUCGAAUACUACGACAGUUUGUCUCCUUCUGAGAAUGACAAAGUGCCUCAUGCUGUUCCUGCUUAGAAUCCAUUUGCAGUGUCAAAGUACAUGGUUAUCUGUUUGGGAGAAACCUGAAACUUGUUAAUCUCCUGUGUGCGUUGCUCAAACUUGUAAUGCUAAAACUCUGUUCAGCUUUCAAAUAAAGCAUCCAAGGCACUGGUACAAAGAUUCAUGAAUUUCAUAAGGCUAGCCUUGGUCUGUAAAUAGCGUGCAGUCCUCUCUGCACCUUGAAGUGAAGUUAAGCAGUUGGGCAGCUUAACAUAUGGUCAGUGUGCUAUUAUUAUGAAGUCAUAGUUUGUGGUGUGCUUUCAAAUCGUUGUGUUCUAGUGAUGUGAAAUUCAUUUUGCGUAGCUGCUGAUCGUUUA